UUAGUUAUUUGAGGGAAAGAGAGUUGAUUCUAGGAGAAGGAGAUGACAUGUAAAAACACAGAGUUGAGACAAAGAGCAAAGCAUGUUCUGUCAGUGGCUGGGUUUAUGUGUGGAGUUGGAAUAUACUCGUGAAGGGAGUUAUUUUUUAUUCAUAAGGUUAUGAAUGCUAAGGACAUUGUUUUAACAGAGUCACUUGUACAAUUUAAAUUGUAGACAUAUUUCAUGUCGACAGAAUUGUGGAGAAACAUGACAGCCUAGAACAAAAGCAGAUACAUCAGUUAGGAGAUUGUUAAUGAAACAGUCAAACCCUGAAUUCAUGUCUUUCCUUUCAGCCAGUUUCAGGCCCACCUGCCAGUCAUGGUACUAUUUCUCAACAACACAGGCACCCAGGUGACUGAAUUCCUGAUGAUUUGCUUCCCAGGAAUGCAGGAAACACAGCACUGGCUAUCUGUAGUCCUUGCUCCCCUCCUGGUUUUGGCUUUGGGGGUCAACUUUGUGUUAUUACUCACCAUUCGGCAAGAGACAUCUCUGCACGAACCCAUGUACUACCUACUUGCCAUCCUCUCCGUGCUGGAUAUCAUCCUCUGCCUCACUGUCAUCCCCAAGGUCCUGCUCAUCUUCUGGUUCAACAUGAAGACCAUCAGCCUUGCAGGCUGCUUUCUGCAGAUGUUCAUCAUGAAUACAUUCCUUCCUAUGGAGUCUUCCACCUUCCUGGUCAUGGCCUAUGACCGCUAUGUGGCCAUUUGCCAUCCUCUGCACUACCCGUCCAUCAUCACUGAAAAAUUUGUCAUUUAUGCAGCCAUCUUCAUUGUCUUCCGCAAUUUUCUGGCCACACUACCCACACCAGUUCUGGCUGCCAGGCUCAACUACUGUGCCAGCAAUGUGGUGGAGAACUGUAUCUGUGCCAACAUUUCUGUAGCAAAGCUCUCCUGUGGGGAUAUUCACCCAAAUAAGCUCUACCAAUUUGUGAGUGUUUGGUGUCUACUGGGUUCUGACCUAGUGCUCAUCUUACUAUCCUACUGCUUCAUCCUGAGGGCUGUUAAACGUCUGCAGUCAGGAGGUGCAGCAACCAAAGCCUUGAGUACUUGUGGUUCCCAUCUCAUUCUUAUACUUUUCUUCUAUACAUUGCUGCUUGUCUUCAUCUUCACAAACAAGGCAGAAAAGAAGGUGCCCUCAGAGGUACCCAUUCUUCUCAAUGUCUUGCACCACCUCAUUCCACCAUCCCUGAACCCCAUUGUUUAUGGAGUACGAACCCAGGAAAUCAAGCAAGGGAUUCUCAAACUAUUCAAGUACCAGUUUUGAGAGAUAUGAGUCAAAGAUCCAGAUUAUGAGUCUGUUUUAGUGAUAGAUUCACCUAAAUGCCCCGAGGAACACAUAUGACAUCCAUGCUGCUACCCUCAUCUUGAACUUAAACCUUCUGCAGACACUGUCAUAAUAUUUACCCUCAUUAUCACCUCCUCAAAUCCUCACUGAACACAUGUUUAGGCAACAAUUACCUUUUUAUUCUAACCCGUUGCCAUCAUGAUCCUUCAAUACCCAUUCAUUAAAUAAUUAUUUAAUACCUUCCAUAUACUUCUUAGUCUUUACAUUCUGAGUAACUGUCACAUUUAAUUCCUAGGGCAAGGAUGAGAUAGCACUUUAAAUAUAACAUGGGGGAUGUGGGUAGGAACAGGGGAACCAAUGAAGACAAUAUUUUCUUAAAUGUUUUAUUUAUUUAUUUUUUUUAAGUUUUUUUUUAAUGUUUAUUUAUUUUUGAGACAGAGAGAGACAAAGCAUGAAUGGGGGAGGGGCAGAGAGAGAGGGAGACACAGAAUCCGAAGCAGUCUCCAGGCUCUGAGCCAUCAGCCCAGAUCCCGACACGGGCUCGAACUCACAGACCAUGAGAUCGUGACCUGAGCUGAAGUCGGACGCUUAACCGACUGAGCCACCCAGGCGCCCCUGUUUUAUUUAUUUUUGAGAGAGAGUGUGUGUGUGAGCAAGGAAGGGGCAGAGAGAGAGGGAAAGAAGAUCCAAAGCAGGCUCUGCACUGAAAGCAGUGAGCCUGAUGUGGGGCUUGAACUCAUGAACCUGUGAGAUUAUGACCUGAGCCAAAGUCAGACACUCAAUUUACUGAGCCACCCAGGAACCCCACUCAACCCACUGAGCCUCCCAGAGACCCCAAGACUUAAUUUAAGUAAUCCAGGUGAAAUGUAAUAAUGGCUUGGAUUAAGGUGAUGAGUAAAAAUUGAAGUUAUGGGUCAAAGAUUUGCUGAGAGUCCAUAAGUAGGAUAUAAAAGAUGGAGAGGAGUAAAGGAUGACUCCAAGCCUUUAUUUUUCUUAAGUUUUUAUGUAAAUUCCAGGUAGUUAACAUUCAGUCUAAUAUUAGUUUCAGGUGUACAAUAUAGUGAUUCAACACUUCCAUACAACACCCCAGUGCUCAUCACAAGUGCACUCCUUAAUCGCCAUUACCUAUUUCACCCAUCUGCCCUCCCCCACCUCCCCUCUGGUAAUCAUCAGUUUGUUCUCUAUAAUGAAGAGUCUGCUUCUUCAAGGCUGUUUGCAAAACAGUUGGAAAGGCAGAAUUGCCAUUAACUGAGGAGCCAGUUUUAUAUGUGAUAUCAGAAAUUUGGCUUUGGACACCUAACUCUAUUUCCAUACCAAACUCCUCCAAAUGACUGUACUUUUAAAAUGACUGUUAAAUAUCCAAAUAGAGAAGUAAAAGUAAGCAACUGUACAUAUGGCACUAUUCAGGGACCAGAUCUAAGCUAGCGACAGAAGUUUGAGUCAUCGGAGUAUAUAGGUGGGAUUUAAAUCCUAUUUAGACGAGUGAUAUGAAUUAUGUUGAUGAAUUAUCCACUUAUUUCUAUACCUUUCUUCAAGAAACUUAUUGAUGUGUUGGGUAUCCUGGAUCCAUACUUGUUUGCCACUCCCAAAAGAAUACAAUCUCAUUAAAAUCAGAAGCUCUUUAAUUCUUCUUUGUAUCUGGCAUUUUGUCUGGCACAUAGUAGGUGCUUUUUCAAUGAAUAAUUUUGACUGUCUCAAAACUUUUGAUCACAUUAUGUGGCAUCUGGAUUAUGGAAUCUUGAUCUAAAAAUAGUACUAUUUUGGGUGCCUGGGUAGCUCAGUCAGUUGAACAUCUGACUCCUGAUUUUGGCUCAGGUCAUGAUCCCAGGGUUGUGGGAUCAAGCCCAUGCUCAUCAUACAGCCUGCUUAGGAUUCUCUUUCUCUCUCUCUGUCUUUCUCUUCCUUAUUCCCUUCUCCCCCACUCAGGCAUGCUCUCUCUCUCUCUCUCUCUCUCUCUCUCUCUCUCAAAUAAAAAAAAAAAAAAAGCACCAACCCACCCCCUAAAUAGUACUAUUUGUUGAUGAAAUUUCAUAUGCUGGUUUCAGCAAACAUUAAAAGUUAUGUCAUUUUUGUUAGAAUAAAAACAUUCAUUAACAUAAUUUAGCAGAGUAAUGGACUUCUUAUAUUCAAAAUAGAGGAUACAACUUUGUAUUUUAUUUUUUUAAAUGUUUAUUUUGAGAGAGAGACAGUGUGAGCAGGGGAGAGGGGCAGAGAUGGAGAGAGAAUCCCAAACAGGCUCUGCACUUAUAGUGUGGAGCCCAAUGUGGGGCUCAAGCUCAUGAACCAUGAGAUCAUGAUCUGAGAUGAAAUCAAGAGUCACUUAACUGACUGAGCUACCCAGGCACCCCAGAUGAUACAACUCUAACAUUUAAAGAGUUGCAAAAACGUAAGCAGUAAGUUCCUUGACAUCAGUCUUGGCAAUGGUUUUUUGGAUCUGAUACCAAAAGCAAAGGCAACAAAAGCAAAAAUAAACUAUUGGGACUGCAUCAAACUAAAAAGCUUCUGCACAACAAAGGAAAUCAUUGACAAAAUGAAAAGGCAACCUAUUAAAUAGGAGGAAAUAUUUGCAAAUCAUAUAUCUGAUAAGGGGAUUAAUAUUCAAAAUAUAUAACAAACUCAUACAACUCAAAAGCAAAACAAAAAAAAAAAAACAAAGCAAUAACAUCUGAUUAAAUAAUGGACAGAGGAUCUAAUAGACAUUUUUCCAAAGAAGACAUACAGAUGGCCAACAGGUACGUCAAAAGGUGCUCAACAUCACUAAUUAUCAAGGAAAUGCAAAUCAAAACCACAAUGAGAUACCACCUCACACCUGUUAGAAUAGAUAUUGUCAAAAAGAUAAGAUUUGUAAGUGAUGAAUCACUGGGUUCUGUUCCUGAAACCAAUGCUACACUGUAUGUUAAUUAAUUUGAAUUUAAAUAAAUACAUUUAAAAUAAAAAAGAUAAGAAAUAGCAAGUGUUAACAAGGAUGUGGAGAAAAGGAACUCUUAUGUACUGUUGGUGAGAAUGCAAACUGGUGCAGCCACUGUGGAAAACAAUAUGGAGGUUCCUCAAAAACUUAAAAAUAGAACUACCCAUGGGGCACCCUGUUGAGUUAGUUGGUUAAGUAUUGACUCCUGAUUUUGGUUCAGGUCAUGAUCUCAUGGUUCGUGAGUUUGAGCCCCAUAUUGGGCUCUGUGCUGGAAGUGUGGAGCAAGCUUGGGAUUCUCUCUCUCCCUCUCUUUCUCUGCCCUUCCCUCCCCCCAAAUAAAUAAACUUAAAAAAAAAAUAGGACCACCCAAUGAUCCCUCGAUUCCACUGCUGGGCAUUUAUCUGAGGAAAAUGAAAACACUAACUGGAAAAGGUACAUGCACUGCCAUGUUCAUUGCAAAAUUAUUUAUAAUAGCCAAGAGAUAGAAACAACCUAAAUGCACAUUGGCAGAUAAAUGGAUAAAGAAAAUGUGAUACAUAUACACACACACACUAGAAUAUUAUUCAGCCAAAAAAAAAAUGCAAUCUUGCCACCUGUGACAACAUGGAUGGGCCUUGAGGGGAUUAUGCUAAGUGAGAUAUGUCGGAUAGGGAAAGA